CCACCCAUCCACAAAAAAACAAGAUAAUGACAAACCCCCCUGUCAACAAUGUCAACGGUACUAAUGCAAGUACCAAUGGCACUACUGGUUUAGAGAAGAAAUUUAAUUCGAUUGCUCUUAAUCCCACGCGACCAGCUUAUGUCCCGCCGCACCUUCGCAACGCACCUGCUCAACCAGCAGCGAAUUUCGUACCUACUUCCAACGGAUAUCAAACUGGUCCUGCUGGUCUUCCUACUCCUGCGGCAACCCCUCCCACCCGUGGGGCUUACAUCCCACCUGCAAGGGUCUCCGCUGGACCUCCCGAAGACGGAGGUUGGGGUGCUCCCAGACGUCCUGUCGAAAGAAGCUUCGGUUCCGGUCCUCCUGGAUUCGGAUCUUGGAAAAAUGGUCAUGUUAUAGGUCCACGUAACCCUCGUCUUGAGGCUGAACUCUUUGGCGUAGAGGGUGAUGGUGUUCAUCAAGCCACUGGUAUAAACUUUGAUAAAUAUGCCGAUAUUCCCGUCGAGGCUACCGGUCAAGGUGUUCCUGAACCUGUGUUGGAAUUCACCAACCCGCCUAUUGAUCCUGUUCUUCUUGAGAACAUCCGUUUAGCUCGUUAUACCACCCCCACCCCCGUUCAGAAAUACUCGAUUCCCAUCGUUGCGAAUGGUCGUGACCUCAUGGCCUGUGCCCAGACGGGUUCAGGUAAAACAGGUGGUUUCCUCUUUCCCAUUUUGUCCGCCAUGUACGCCGUCGGACCUUCUGCUCCUCCCCCCGACAAUUUCGGUUACGGAAGGAAAAAGUCCUAUCCUACCGCUUUGAUCCUCGCUCCCACUCGUGAGCUCGUAUCCCAAAUCCACGACGAAGCUCGUAAAUUCGCAUACCGUUCUUGGGUCCGACCCGCGGUCGUUUAUGGUGGUGCCGAUAUCGGUCAACAGAUCCGUGCUCUCGACAGGGGUUGCGACAUGCUCUCCGCCACACCCGGUCGUCUUGUCGAUCUCAUCGAACGUGGAAAGAUUUCUCUUUCCAACAUCAAGUAUCUCGUACUUGACGAAGCUGAUCGAAUGCUUGAUAUGGGUUUCGAACCUCAGAUCCGUCGUAUCGUUGAAGGUGAAGAUAUGCCCGGUGUCAUGCAACGUCAAACACUCAUGUUCUCGGCUACUUUCCCCAAAGAGAUUCAAUUACUCGCUCGUACUUUCCUUAAAGAAUAUAUAUUCCUCUCUGUAGGACGUGUGGGUUCCACUUCGGAAAACAUCACUCAGCGCGUCGAAUAUGUCGAUGACCACGACAAGCGCUCUCUUCUCCUCGACUUACUCCUUGCUGAAGAAUCUGGCGGUUUGGUAUUGGUCUUCGUUGAAACGAAACGCAUGGCCGAUAACCUAUGCGACUUCCUUUGUGCUCAACGUCACAAUGCUACCUCUAUUCACGGAGAUCGAACUCAGCGUGAACGUGAAGCUGCUCUGCUAGCUUUUAGGACUGGUCGUGCUCCGAUCCUCGUGGCUACAGCCGUCGCUGCUCGUGGUUUGGAUAUUCCCAAUGUCACUCAUGUCAUCCUUUACGACCUUCCUACCGACGUUGCCGAAUACACUCAUCGUAUCGGUCGUACCGGUCGUGCUGGUAACACCGGAACUUCCACAGCUUUCUUCAACCGUAACAAUCUGAACCUCGCUCGUGACCUUGUCGACCUCCUCACUGAAGCGCAUCAGACUGUCCCGCAGUUCCUGAUCGACAUAUCUUCGGAACGUUCUUUCGGCUUCUCUAGCCGCCCCGCACGUGGUCGCGGUGGUGGACGCGGUGGAGGUAGAGACGCCCGUGCUGGCGGUGGAGGUGGAGGUGGAUAUGGUGCUGGAGCCAGAAACGGAGGAGGAGGUGGUGGUUAUGGAGGUGGCGGUUAUGGCGGUGGUGGUGGUGGUGGUUUUGGUGGAUACGGCGGUGCUGCUGCUGGUGGUUUCACUCCUGCUCCCGCCAGUACUAGCUGGUGGUGA